UAAACAUAGCACUGAUAACCUUCUCCCAAUACAUUUAUGUCUGGUUAACUUAAGCUAUGCAAUACCUGCCAUCAUCAUUUUGAAGUGCCGCUCACGUUUCCGUCCACAUAAUUCGGAUAAAUUUGCGCUCCACAUCCGUUUCCGAGAUAAUUGUAGGAAUUUCUAUUUUGCAGUACUGUUAAUAAACAAAUUCAUAUUGCAUAGCCGCAAAACUUUUGCAGUUAUACUUAUGGUUAAGCACGCAGAAAGUACUGUACUGCACUGCAGGUGAAAAAGUUCGGUACGGUGUUAUCGAUACCCAUUAUGAACUGUUGGCCUUUUGGGACAUAUUUGGAAUUUAGGACCGUGCCGCAAAAACGUUUGAUAUAAUAAUUAUAAAAUAUGAACAUCGCACUUGAGAAAUAUAUGCAUAUAAUUUGCUUACUGGAAUGUUUAUUCUGCGGAAACCAUAUAGUGGAGGCUUCCGACGCCCAGCACGAUCUCAUCAGGGAACUGUUCCUCAACCGCAACUACGAUCACCUUACUCGUCCCGUCGACGAUCCGAGCGAAAAAGUCAUCGUACAUUUUAACCUAACCUUGAAUAUUCUCGUUUUCGUGAAUGAUAUGGAUCAAGUGAUGAAAACCAAUGGUUAUCUCGAUCUUGCCUGGAGUGAUAAACGCUUAAUUUGGAAUCCAGCGGAACACGGCGGCAUCCAAGUCCUGCGACUUCCUGUAGAGAAAGUCUGGCAACCGGAUAUCGCCCUAACCAAUACUGUGGACGGUCAAUUUUGGCCCAGCUAUAAAUCAAACGCUCUUAUUUAUAGCGAUGGCAAUGUACAAUGGGUCCCCCCAUUUAUAUUUAAAAGUGGAUGCGACACAAAUCCAUAUUAUUUUCCAUUUGAUCGACAAGUGUGUAACAUGGUCUUCCGAUCGGUGACCUAUCAUGCCAACGAAGUAGAUUUUGAGACGGAAAAGAAUAUGAUGCUGAAGGACUACGCCGAGCAACCCAGCGGAAGUUGGCAUGUUGUGGCGGUUCCAUUGAAAAAGCAGUACCGUAUUGAAAACCGCAAAUAUGGCCGAAUCCCCAUUGUCACCGUCCAACUGGACCUAAAGGCCGCCCGCAGAACCAAAUUUUAUGUUAUGACCUUUCUGUUGCCCUGUGUCUGUAUUGCUCUGCUUACAAUAUUUAUUUUCUACCUACCAAUAGCUUCCGGCGAAAAGCUCUGCAUUGCCAUAUCGAUCCUGUUUUCCAUCGUCGUGUUUUUGUUAAUUCUGAUCGAAAUUCUGCCGCCUUCCGACUCGCUGCCCCUGAUGACCAAGUUUCUUGUCUUCACAUUUGUAUGCAAUUUGAUUUCCUCAUUCUUUACUACAAUCUCUGUUAACUGGACAUUUCGAAGUAAGAAGACCCACGUCAUGGCAUUGUGGAUAAGAAAAAUAUUUUUGGACCGUUUACCGAGAUAUUUGCGGAUGCAGCGACCGCAAAAGCCGGUGAAGAAGAAACUUUUUGAAAACCAACCGGAAGCAGCAUUCGAACCUACCACACAAAUUGCUCAGCUGGGGAAGAAGGGUCGCAGUGUGCAUUUUUCUUCAGGAAAACCAUCAGUGGAUCCGGGAACGACAAAUGCAGAUAAAUUUCCUCUAAGUGCGGAGUUGCCGAACUAUCGAAGUUGUUUUGAAAAUACAGCAUAUUAUGCAGCGGUGAAUAGUGAACGGACGGCAAUACUGCACGAACUACACGAGCUGGGACACUUCUUUACCCAGUUUCCCGGAUAUCCGAGUGCCCUUGAAAACGUUGCAUAUAUUGCGAAAAAUCUGGAAAACCAAGACGCUGAUAACGAUGUCACAGAUGACUGGAAAUUUGCGGCAAUGGUCGUUGACCGGCUACUGCUGUGGAUAUUCCUGAUGGGAAACAUUCUCGGUUCCUUGAGCAUAUUGCUGGAUUCACCUUAUUUGUUCGAACCUUUAAACGCAUCGGAAGCACAACAUAAUCUGAUCCGAGAACUGUUCCUCGUUCGCCGAUACGACCACUUAAGCCGACCCGUCGACCAUCCCAGCCGGAAAUUGAUUGUACACUUCAGCGUAACUUUAAACAUACUUGUGUUUGUGAGUGAUCAAGGCCAGGUGAUGAAAACCAAUGGCUAUUUUCACUUGACAUGGACCGACAUGCGGCUGAAAUGGAAACCGGCUGAUUAUGGGAACAUCGAAACAUUCCGGUUCCCUGUCCAGCGAGUGUGGCAGCCAGACAUUGCGUUGACCAAUAUUGUGGAUGGACAAUUCUAUCCCAAUUAUUUUUCCAAUGUUCAAAUUUCUCAUGACGGCACAGUGCAAUGGGCGCCGCCUUUUAUUUACAAGAGCACCUGUGAAACCGACCCAUAUUAUUUUCCAUUCGAUAGGCAGCUGUGCCACAUGGUAUUCCGCUCCUUAACCUACACCGCCAACGAAGUGGACUUUGAGAUUGACAAAGAAAUGAUCCUCAAGGACUACUUUGAGCAGCCCAGCGGAAGUUGGGAUGUCACCGAUGUCCCGCUGAAGAAAUCCUAUCGCGCUGAACGCCGCAAGUAUGGCACUGUUCCAAUCGUAACCGUCCAGCUGCACAUGACUGUCGCCCGCAAAUGGGACUUCUACGUAGUCACUUUCCUCUUGCCCUGCCUCUGCAUCGCCUUGCUGACCGUACUCAUCUUUUUUGUACCGAUUGCCUCCGGGGAGAAGCUCUGCAUCUCCGUAUCCAUCCUGUUUUCGGUUGUGGUUUUCUUGCUGAUCCUCACUGAGAUCCUGCCUCCAUCGGAAUCACUGCCACUUAUGACGCGAUUUCUCGUCUUUGUAUUUCUGUGUAAUCUGGUAUCGGCAUUUCUGACAACAGUGAUUGUGCAGUGGAGUUAUCGCAGUCAAAAGACCGAUCGGAUGGGCACAUGGACCAGAAAGAUUUGUCUGGAGUUUCUACCGAAAAUUCUCUGUUUGGAACGUCCGGAGCGGAAGAGCAAAAGAACGCUCUUCCGGUCCAGUAAUGCCUGCCAGCCGGCAGGUAAACCGAAUACAGUAUCGCUACCCGUAUCGGCUUCUUUCGAUGUUCCGCCGCGACCGCGGCGAGUUCAGUUCGCCGGAUACCACGGCUCACUGGAGCGAUUAAGGAAAAGGUCACAGACAGUGUCCAGUUUCUAUCCGACUCGAAGCGUGCGCAAGCGAACACGCCUUCCGGGUGAGCAGAUGGCCGUUUACUUGGCUGAGUAUUUCUCUUAUUUCCAUGGAUUUAAGGAUGCGCUAGAGAGUGUUGCGUUCAUUGCCAAGAACUGCGAGCGUGGCGAACAUGAAACCGAGGUUAUCGAUGAUUGGAAAUAUGCAGCUAUGGUGGCAGACCGGCUUUUACUAUGGAUAAUGUUAGCCGGAAAUAUCGCCGGAUGCCUUAGCAUUCUUCUUGAUUCACCCUACAUUUUUGCCCCUGUGAUAACUCCCCAACAAACUGCAGGCUGAUCAUGAUGAACAACUUUGGAAUUGCUUGCCAGCAGUUUUGAUAACUCUUUCAAAUGCAUUUGGCUAGUUUGGCGCAACGCACAUUUGUGAUUUGUGAAUCCCGAUACGUUGCGGAAGGUUUAUG